CGACCGUCCGGUCCGGUAGGCGGCGCUCGUCGCCCGCGCAGCUGUCGGGGCGUCGCGGCUUCUUCGGUCCGUGGUCGUGAACGGGAAGUGCGGAGCGUGUGCGUGCGUUUGAGCUGGAAAAAACAUAAUAAUAAUGACGCGCUCAAAACGCGAAUUAAAAAGUGUGUCGUUUUUAGUCGUUGCGGGAGGCGCGUGCGCCUGCUGCGUGUAAAUAUUGUGCGCUUCGUCUGGAGAGGCAGAAGACGGCGAGUUGUGGUUCAUCUCCAGCCCGUCCACAGCUGCUGCAAAACAAAACAGCCUCUUAUGAUAAAGAUGCUCAGGAUGAUUCAUAAGCGUGGUAAAUGAUUACUUUCAGGGGACUCUAAGUUACCAGUGACAUCAUGAAUUUGGUCCGUCUUGUGUGUCGUCACAAGACUGCCCUGGCACUCGGUGUCUUCUUCCUAUUUGCCGUCGUCCUUCUGUUUCUCGCCAAAUGCACGUCAGAGACGCUGAAGCCAGCCGAGUCCCCAGGUGUGGCGCCACGGGCCGAGUCCCAUCAGAAGCAGCCGGCAGGGCCUCCUCGCACCAAAGAGCUCUCCACGUUCCUGGUGGUUCUCAUCACCACGGGCCCAAAGUACACAGAGCGGCGCAGCAUCAUCCGGAGCACCUGGCUGACCAAACACGAUCCCGACGUUCUCUACUGGUUCGUCAUCGGCACCGAGGGUUUGCCUCCAGAAGACCUGCAGAACCUGGGCACCGAGCAGAUCCGUCACCAUGACCUCCUCCUGCUCCCUGACCUCCGGGAUUCGUACGAGAACCUCACGCUGAAGCUCCUCCACAUGUACUCCUGGUUGGACCAAAACGUGGAGUUUAAAUUCGUCCUGAAGGCUGACGAUGACACCUUUGCUCGCUUGGAUCUCCUCAAAGACGAGUUGAAGGCCAAGGAGCCGAGCCGACUCUACUGGGGCUUCUUCUCUGGCCGCGGGAGAGUGAAAACGGCCGGGAAGUGGAAAGAAAGUGCCUGGGAACUGUGCGACUACUACUUACCCUAUGCUCUGGGUGGAGGCUACGUGCUUUCCGCCGACCUCGUGCACUACGUGCGUCUCAACGUAGGGUUUCUAAAGACCUGGCAGAGCGAGGACGUGUCCUUGGGUGCCUGGUUAGCCCCUGUAGACGUAAAGCGGGUUCACGACCCACGCUUCGACACGGAGUACAAGUCGCGCGGCUGCAGCAACAAGUACCUGGUCACUCACAAGCAGAGUUUAGAGGACAUGCUGGAGAAGCAUCAGACACUACAGCGCGAUGGGCGUCUGUGCAAAGAGGAAGUCAAACUGAGGCUGUCCUACAUUUACGACUGGAACGUCCCGCCUUCGCAGUGUUGCCAGCGGAAGGAUGGCAUCCCCUGACUCUUUGACACCCGUGAUCUUAUGCAUUUUUUCCACUCGCUAUUUAUUUAUUUAUUAUCAGUGUCGUGUGUCGAGCCGAAACAGCAUUUCUUAACCUUUUGAAAAGGCUUUUUAAAUUAGAAACGUGGGAGAUUAUAUUACCGAAAAAGCUGCUUUUAUUUGAGACCGAGAGAUUCUUUCUGAUUCUAAGUGGAGUCGGAGAUCCUGGGGGAUUGUGGGUGACGUUAUAUAUUUCUGCUGUAUUCUCCGCAUACACCUUCUUCUGUACAUCCAUAGAGAUCUCCAUUUUACCGUUCGUUUAUAAUCCUGAGAUGUUUAGAGCGUGUCUGUUGAAAUACAUUUACAUGGACGAGAAAAGGAAAGUGCCAGACAAGCAGUUUAUUAAAGAAACUUGAAGAUAAAUGUUUAUAAACCUAAGUAUUUUGACAUAUGUUGUCCGUUGUGAUGGAAAACCCGAGAUGGUUUUCUUUGUGAGUUUUACUCACAGAUUUGCCAUAUAAUGAUAAAGCCGUCUUAAAUGGAGAACUUUGGCAGCAUUUCUAGUAUUUUAUGUGUUGUGACUGAGUUGUAAAUAACGUACCUCAAAUUUUAUUAAAUGUUUUUGUUCCGUUUUUACACCAGA